UUCUCCCUCCCCUUCUUCCUCUCUCCCUCUCUCUGACCUCAUCGACCCUUCGUCUGCCCGGGGGUUAUAGCGAGAUCCGGCGACGACACGGACGGCCACCAGCGUCGGAGAAGAGAACCGAGCUAGAAGUUGAGGCUGCGGCGGCGGAGUCUUUCCUUGGGGUUCUGAAAGUGAAAUCACUUGGUCCUUGGAUGUUUCUGCUUUUGUUUCUUGUCGUUCCGAACUUGGCUCAGUCCCAGAUACUCUUCCAGGGCUUCAACUGGGAGUCGUGGAGGCAUCAAGGCGGCUGGUAUAACUUCUUGAAAGACAAAGUCUCUGAUAUAGCCAACGCUGGAGUCACCCACGUCUGGCUGCCUCCGCCCUCGCACUCUGUCGGCGUUCAAGGUUACAUGCCGGGCCGGCUCUACGACUUGGGUGCUUCCAAGUAUGGGAAUCAGGAUGAGUUGAAGGCGCUGAUCGGCGUUUUCCACCACAAGGGAGUCAAAUGCGUGGCCGACAUCGUCAUCAACCAUCAUUGCGCAGACAAGCAAGACGGGAGAGGCAUAUGGUGCAUCUUCGAAGGCGGAACCGAUGAUGCCCGCCUCGAUUGGGGUCCACAUAUGAUCUGUAGGGACGACACACAAUACUCCGACGGCAUCGGUAACCUCAACACCGGCGAGGGCUUCGCGGCGGCUCCCGACAUAGACCACCUCAACACGCAGGUCUAGCGUGAGCUCACGGACUAGCUGAACUGGCUCAAGAAUGACAUCGAAUUCGACGGGUGGAGGCUCGACUUUGCCAAGGGUUACUCCUCAAGCAUCGCCAAGAUCUACGUCGAACAGACGUAGCCAAACUUCGUGGAGGCUGAGAUCUGGAGUUCAUUAGCUUACGGAAACGAUGGGAAGCCAGCAUACGAUCAGAACUGGCCUCUGAUGCUG